GUCGGUGUGGGAUGAGGGGCCAGAAUAACGAAGGACUGACCGAUGAGUCACAGCGGUGACUGUCUGCGCGACGCAAAACCAUAUUUGCAUUAGCAUAUCACGCUUCUUCGUCACACGACUUCUUGUUCCCCUGAGUGCUAUUAGUCCGCACCUCGAGGGUCCUUUCAAUCCAAAACGUAAUCGGGACGCGUCUUUCACGCCGUCCCUUUUUUAUCUUCACACGAGUUUCUUUUUUAUCUUUUCCCCUUUUUUAUCUUUCCACGUCUGUCUCAAAAGGUUGGUACAGAAUGUCGCCCAAGAGAGUACCAAACGCAAUUUGAAGAUAUAUUAUUUUAGCAUGAAAUUGAAACGCAAUGUACAUUCCUUUCUCGGGGAAGAAAAAAGUGUAAAAUGUUUGUAGUUCGUGAGCGUAUAUUUUUUAGCACUUCUCCUACGAUCGUCAAUGUUGAAAGCAAUCGGUUUAAUGUUAAAAGCAUAUAUAUGUACAAAUUUUAAAUUUUGUUUAUACAAAUUUUGUUCGAGAUCGAAAGAAAAUGGAGAAACGUACGAAAGUUAUGCAACAGUUUGUUUCAUCGAUCACCGACGUGCACGCGGUACAACAGUUUCAGCUAUCCCGAUUGCCCAUUUACGAGAAAACAAGGUCGACGAAUGCCACGCAUGGAAAGCGACAUACAUUGAAGCAACAUUUCUGAAUUCCUUUAUUUGUAUUAGCCGCGAGAAGAUAUCUCACGGCGGUAAUUCACACGCGAGCGUGUAUACUUCGCAAUAAUUCCGAGAGGAGACUUAACGUUUGUGCGCGCGCGCGUGCAUAAUUAUAUGCGUGACGCGAUGAACGUGCGCGUGCAACGUGCACGCUUCGUUACGCGCGCACGAUCUUCGCGUAUACGAAACACGUCCCGCGUGCUCUGUCGCAGAUUAGAAACUGAUAUACGUACGGGGGCCCCGCAGGCGUGCAUUCGCUAAACGGUAUUACAACCCGACGGCAACGGCACCACGCUGACCGGGUAGAUGCGUGUCCGGCCCUUUUUCACGUCUAAUGAUUUUAAUGGUACUAAUCGAUUCUGCGGUUUCGCACAAGUGCGCAAACAGCGCGCACGACAGACAAGUCGUUAAUUACAGUUACUAGCGCCCGGCUUAGAUAAUCCACGUCCGAAUAAUUAAUUACUCCUAUCAAUCGCGUAUUUAGAAGCGUGCUGUGCAGAGGUACUUCGACCGUACGUAGAGCUGCGCGAAUAUUGCCGAUAAACAAGGAAAAUGCGCGGCUUAUGAAGCCCUAUGAGCUACUUCAAAGUUUUGUCGCUUCUUUUUGUAUCUGCGAAGUUCCUUCGCCGAUUUUAAAUUAAUCCUUCCUUCCUUAAUUUCUAAAUAAUAGGGGUAAAUUAAAAGAUAAAGGGAAUAAAUGACAGUACUUUAGCUUUUUGUUUAAAAAACUAUUUUCAGGUGAAAAGUUGCAUUUAAAUUGAUCGAGAAAUCUACAAGAUAAAAGAAACAAACGUAAAACUGAUACCUUCAGGUGCAUAUCUUAUAUUACACACGUGGUAACCGCUCGAAGACCACACACCGGCGGUUGAAGCUGCAACCGGAAUAAGUUGGCCGAUAGUUUUCCGAUAACAACCCGGCCACGACAGGAGUUGUGAUAUUUCCGGCGCAAAGUUUUCGCGCGAUCAGGGCAAACUCAGCCAAAUGCACCAGCGAGAAACGGGGAAAGGAUCGCGCGUAACGGUAACGCCGUCGGGGGAAUAACGCAAGCUUUCCGUUCGAUACACGCGUGCGGUAUCGCCUCGCGGUACCGUAAGGCAUUAACCGUACGGCCCGGCAGAUUAGAGGCCAACAGAUUGCCGUUGCUUGUAGCUAUUUGCAUAUCACCCCUGCCAAACCCUUGACAUUGUUCGGCUUACAGAGGUACAACGCCGGCCGUCGCUACUACCGGAUUAGAACUCGCAAAUUGCGCUCCGGAUCGACGAAGCGAUCGAUGUAUAUCGCGACACUUAUCGCUCGUGUAUGCAUCGUAAUCCGGACUUUCCGCUGACGGGAACCACAGGUUACACAAGUCCGCGCGGAGGUAUCGCAAUAUUUUUUUUUUAACGUUCAAAUCAUUUGCCGGAUAUAUUGGUCCGACAAUCGCAGUGCUCUUUAAUGCAAAUUCUGCGAUUUUCUUAUUUGUUCGCCACUAUUAAACCAAGAAAUAAUUAAUGAAUAAAUAAAUAAGUAGCUCAAUUCGUUUCACUUCAGAGGAAAAAUUUAAGUAAGAAAGUUGUACUGAUCGCAUAACGAAUUUUAAAGUUACAAGCAAAGUUAUAAGUAUGAAUCUGGGACAGGGGGUUCUCGACAAACUUUUUCUAAAAGGCCGGAUAAUAAAUAUUUUAAAGUCUGUGGGUAGGUACUUACGUAACAAGACAGCAAACACAGUUCCGCGAAGUUCUUAAUAAGAAAUGUAAAUAAAAAAUAACCUCAAUUUACUUAAUUUAAUUUUUAAUAAUAGCAAUUACGCGAGUAAGGCGCUACAAGUAGGGCUUGGCCUUAUGAAUCGCAGAAUGAGAAGAAAAUUUCAAACGGGCGAUGCAAGAGACAUUUCCAUCGGUAUAAUCUAGCGGGCGCGUUAACGCAACUGCUAAUGGACCGUGCGUAACGUCAUCGUCUCACGCGCGCGCAAGUGAAAGUAAGAUGCUCAUUAGCGGAUAUCGCGCAUUCACCGGACGCCUACGCAAUCACGGUAGAUUACUCGAUCGCCGUGACGAAUCGUUACGCGGGGCGACCGCAACGGCAUAUAUCGCCGUAGCGACGUAACGUAACGUGCUACCUACGUGCUACGCGACGCUCGCUCGCUCCCCCGGGGUUAUGAUAAUAUAAUCAGGAAGCAGUAUAAAAUGUCAAAUCCACCGCGGCUCCGUACACGCGCGCGGCGCGGGAUAAUAUAAUACUUUGUGACCGUGUGCGUGCGAUUGCGCGCCAUUUGCUUGUACUUACGACGGUACUUGUCGCGUCGCGAUUAUUGCACUCGCUCGGUGGUCGGUCGCGGUAUUAAGAAUUGUUCUCCACGCGUGAGUGCCUAUUCAUACGAAGCGAGGCAGUCAAUAAAGUCACUUCUCUGACGUACAACGAGAAAGUCCUCUCGGAUUAAAAGGAAAAAAAAAUACAAACUUCCGCAUGUUUGCAUUGGUCGCGACGUGGCAUUUUCGCCGGGUGUUUUUAUUUGUACGUACAGCCGCGUAUAUUUCGUUAUUCGUGUUAACGGCAUUUCGGCGGCCACGUUAUUGUUAUGGUUGGCGGUUAUCGUAUAUUUUGAUUGGAAUCGUAUGCCGGCGCCACGAUAAUUGCGGGCUCCGCAAGCGCACUCCGUAAUCAACGAACUCUUUUUUUCUCUCUGAAAGGAUUUAUUACAUUGGCUUGUAGUGUAAUUAAUAUUUUCAGCACUGAAUUUUCGCCCCCGAUGUUAAUCCGAUGAUAAAAUUUAAAACGUUCGAGCCAAUUGUGCCGCAACCGCGCAAAACGAACAAAGCGAUAAAAAUAACAAUGACGAUAGAGAUAGCCUUCGAAAUUAAUUGGUUACGUAAUAUUCCAAUUGAGCUGAACAUUACGUAUUACAUUCCGUACAAAAAGAAAUAACGAACACUCGUGUAACGAGUGAAGAAGAGGCCGAAGUUCGAAGCCUAACGAGUGAUCAUCGACGAGGGUCUCGAUUUCUCUUCGUGCCUGUUGACGCGUGCUAAUGCCUCCCUCGACUGUCCCCAAUUGUCUUUAAUCUUAUCUUACGCGCGCGGCACAGUUUUGCAUAAACGUCGAUCACCGUGGGCCCCGGCGAACAAAGAAAACUGUGCGCCCCGCCGGUGAUAGGCAACCGUCUGGAAAACCUGGCAAGGUGGGCAGUGGACGCGGACGGGACUUAUAUGCAUCGGUGCAUGCUGCACGCGAGCCUAGAUAUGCGCGAGGAGGUAGGAGAGCCACGGACUCGCCGGCAUUAGUCACCGUUCGGCUUCGGGACGUGUGUAACGCGAGUUGCACGCGAAUUUUUCGAUUUUCCCGACGACGCGACGCGCGGUUGCCGACGUGGCCGAUCCCGCCGUGUGUAACGCGCCGCGGCGAAUCCUUCCGUCGCGGCUCCGUACGAACGCGAUAUUACGGAAAAUCAGCAGGAUCGGUAUUGACCGAUUGGACGCGUGUGAUAUAUGUGGAGAUAGCGUAAAACCUCCGUGCGUGUACGUCGCGGUUGUGAAUUUCAAUCGUCUUGCGCUUAAUUUUACGAGCUAUCGCAGCAGCACACUAUAGCAGCGGCGACGGCGGCGGCGGCGGCGCGAGAGGAACGUCGAAGACGUUUUGUCGCUAAUUUUUCACGGUUAUUCUCGACGACCGUUCCAAUGCGACGCAACGAACCCGAUGGCUUGAAAGGCACACGAGCGCGAGCCGGGUAGGAGGCAUGUCGUCCGGGGGCCGAUUAAAAGAGAGACGCAUGAUUUAUACGGCCCCACGCGUGGAAUGUGGUAACGUAACGAGCGCGGUUAACGGCUCGCGGGUCUAAGGAUUCAGUCCCGGGCACGACGAUCGGCGCAGGAAUUGCCUGGGCUCACCGCAUGAACGUGGGACGAUAGAACGAGGGACACACCUUGCAUGUGCGCGCAAUCGCCGCACUUUAUUAUGUACUAAUUCUCGAGAGAUACCUGGGGGGGGCCUAUAUCCCUCCUGCGAUCGUCGCCGAAAAGAUGUUUCGCGUUCGCCCGCGCUGCAUCACGGCGCUCUAAAUGAGGAUGCGAGAGGAGGACGCUUACGUUCGGAUUCGAGAACGUGACUCGUCGUAAGAUCAACAAUAUGGAGCUUCUCCGUUCGAUAAAAGCGUUCCUGGUCGUCGUCGCGCUGAUUCGCGUCGGCCCGACUUUUGCCGACGACACUGACGAUUUGUCAACGGAUCGGGCGAGGAACGUCUCCGAGAGAUUCACAUCCACGACCACGUUGACGGUGAACAUACGGGACGAUGAUGACCAGGAUCCCUCCUUUAUUUAUCAAGGCUGUAUGCUCUCGGACGGUGCCUGCAUCAAUCCGGAAUACUCCGCGUCGGUAUCGAGCGGGGUACUAUCUGGCAUACUCAAUAUCUCGCCCGAGAAAAUACAGGCGAUCGACAUGGACAGCAUAAACGAGCCGAUUCACUAUUCCUUCCUUAGCGGAUAUCCGCCGAAUUACCGUGAUUUCUUCGAGAUCAAUCCCAGCACGGGGGCAGUAAGGCAAAUCAAAGCCGUCGACACGACGGUAACGAAGAAGUUUGAUAUUAUUAUUAAGGCGGUCGAAGUGUCGGAAGCAAAGCGCUCGGCCACUGCUAAAUUAACAAUCACCGUGAAACCGGUCGACAGCAAUCCACCCGUUAUAACGGCGUCAAACAUCGAAGGUUUCGUCGACGAGAAUGCUCCGAUCGGCACAAAGGUCAUCGAUAAAAGCGGGAAUCCUAUUGUGCUCACCGUGUCGGAUGCUGAUCUGGGACCGGACGAUCCGAAACCGGCGUACACCUUCGAGCUGACUACAAAUUUCUUUGCGAUCGAUCCAUCCGGCGUGCUUGUCGUGAACGAGGAGAAUUUGGACCGGGAUCCUCCGAGUCCCGGCCGUUUCCGAUUCCAAGUGGUCGCCCGGGAGAAAACGGGUGUGGCCGCGUCGUCUCCUCUGUCGUUUAUUGUUACGUUAAACGACGUUAACGACAAUGCGCCUCUGCUUCCGAUGAUGGCGCCCAUCACCGUUCAAGCGGGAGAGACGAAGAGACAAAUAGCAAAGGUGGAGGCCACGGACAACGACGAGGGCGAGAAUGCCGAGAUAACGUACAGUAUCUAUCACGUGUCGAACAAUGGCUUGCACAAGUUCAAGAUAGAUCCUAAGACCGGGGUUAUCGAGUCCGUGAGGAAACUGAACGCCGGCGAGCAGUACAGCAUCACCGUGCAGGCGACCGACAAGGGUGGCAAGUACUCGCAGACAAUCGUCGAGGUGAACGUCAUUCCCGGGCCCAACACCAGAAGCCCCGUGUUCCAGCAACCGGUGUACGAGGUGCAAGUCAGCGAGGGGGCCUCCAUCAAUUCCACAGUCGCGACUAUCACUGCCAUUGACCCAGAAAACGAUCCGGUGUCGUACUCGAUAGUAUCGGGGAAUGACUUGCGGCAGUUUGCGAUCGGUGACAAAUCAGGUGUUAUUACCGUUAUAAGGAAGUUGGAUAGGGAGGACCUGACCCGGUAUCAGUUGUUAAUAAAGGCCGAGGAUACCGGCGGUCUCUACAGCACUGCGACGGUUAACAUUAUGGUCACGGAUAUCAACGACAAGAAUCCCGAAUUCGUGGGUCUACCAUACGAAUUUACCGUCAAGGAGGGCGAGGCGCGAAAAAUCGGCCGCGUGCAUGCCGAAGAUGCAGACGAAGGCGUAAAUGCCGAGAUCACCUACUUUGCACCCGAUGAUAUUCCUUUCACCGUGGAUCCCGAGACUGGCGAUGUCUUGACAAAAAAAGUGUUGGACUACGAGCAGAACAACGAAUACAAAUUCGUAGUAACCGCGAGGGAUGGCGCUCCCGAUUACCGUUUGGCAACCGCGACAGUCACAGUGAGAGUCAUAGAUGUCGAAGACGAGGUUCCGGUCUUUCACCAAAGCAGCUACGAGGCACGUGUCAAGGAGAACGUGCCCGACUAUAAUGUAAUUCAAGUCACGGCCGAUGAUCCGGACACAAAGAAGCAAAUUACGUACAUGAUCAAGCAAGGGGACACCGAACUCUUCAGCAUAGAUCCGAAGACUGGAAUAAUAAAAACUGUCCGCGGUCUCGAUUACGAAAGCCAGAGCCAACACGUACUUAUUGUAGGCACCGAGGAGAACACCAGUAAUUUACCUGGCUCCACCACCCGCGUUGUUAUUAAUGUUCAGGACGUGAACGACAUUCCACCGGUAUUUACGACGGUACCACGUCCGAUUACGCUGGACGACGAUGUCCCUAUAGGAACGACCGUGAUGAAUCUCGUCGCUGCGGAUUCCGACGGCACCGCGCCGGGCAAUCAGGUUCGAUACGAGAUCAUUGGCCGCGGUAUUGCCAGCAAGUAUUUCGUAAUCGAUCCCGACACCGGCGUACUCCGAAUACGAGACGACUUGCGCAAGGAGACCGACUCCGAGUAUCAGGUCGACGUGCGCGCAUACGAUAUGGGAGAGCCGCAGUUGUCGUCCGUGACGACCGUGCCGGUCUACGUGCGUCACGUGGCGACGGUUCCGCCGGAGAUCGGCUUGGGUUUCGCGGAGAACUCGUACAACGUCGAGGUGCCCGAGAACGCGGGUGAUAAUACGCUAAUAAAGAUAAUCACCAUUAUCAACAGUCACGCGCACGACACCACGCCGCUCAGGUGCGAGAUUUACAGCGGCAAUGAGGAAGGCCUGUUCGAGGCGAAUGUCACGGAGGAGCGGAAUUGCGCGCUGAGGCUGAAGAAGGGAGCGCUGGAUUACGAGACGACGGAAUCGUACCAGAUUAAGAUUAAGCUGGAAUCGCUCUCGGGUCUUUUGAACUCGGGCAGAAAUACGACGAUGGUGAAGAUCCAGGUGCUGGACGUAAACGACAACAAGCCCGAGUUUAUCUUCCCGGAGGCGAGUCAGAAGCUUACGAGGGGACGUUACUUUGCGGCGAUUCCGCGCACCGCGCAAUUCGCGUCCACUGUCGUGCAGGUAAAAGCUCACGAUAAGGACAACGGCAAGUACGGCAAGCUGGAGUACAAGAUCCUAGAUGGGCGGGGUUCCGGCUACUUCGCCAUCGACGGAUCUACCGGCAUAAUCAGGACUACGGCGACGUUCGACAACGUGGACGCGUCCGAGCUUCCCUUCAAGUUCGACGUUCGUGUGCGUGACAAUCCCAACUCGACCGACAAUUACAAUUCGAUCGUCGCGCCGGUGAUCGUCAAUCUGAUCGGGGAAGAAAACCUGAUGAUCCUGGUAGUCCAGGACGCGGCGCCGGACGUGCUGCAAAAGGAGACCGCCAAGAUAGCGAACGUGAUCGAGCAGAAGAGCGGCCUGCUGAUCGGCAUUGACAGAGUCGCGGUGAGGAAGAUCCUCACGAAGAACGGCACCAUCGAGAAUUUCCCGCAGGACUCCGACGUGUGGUUCUACGCGGUCGACCCGGACACCGAAGCUAUACUGAACAGAAACAGCACCAAAGUGCAGAGGUCCAUCACAGAUAAAUCCGCUAUGUCAAACAUCACCUUUGACGUGUCUACGGCGGUGCGAGCAAAUGCCAUCGACAUUCAUGCACCCGUGAUGCCACCCGAGCCCGUGCGAACACAAACGGCAGUUGCAUUCAGUGGCGAGGUAUUCCCGUACGCGUUGAUCAUCAUCGCCUGCGUGAUUCUGAUCCUCGGCAUCGCCGGUAUCAUAUACAUUUGCGUCUCCUGGUCCAAGUACAAGGCAUACAAGGAGCGUAUGCAGCGCAUGUAUGUGGUGCCGCGAUACGACCCCGUCUACGUGGAACCCAACUUGAAGGAAUACGAGACGCAGGUGCUCCAGAUGAGCGUGCCGGUCGACGAUAACGAUAGCUGCAAUGAUUUACAGUUGGACUUCAGCAACAAGAAUCACGCGUUCAGCUUGGACAACGUCAGUUACAUCACCAAAGAUCACGGAGACAGUACUGGCCAACAAAGUCCCGUUAGCUCCGAAGCGGCGACCACGGCACGAGCGUCCAGUAUCGUCGGCAAUCACGGGGACACCAAUAUCCAUUCCCUGCGACGGUCCACGCUAGGUCGAAAGAAUCACAGCGCGAGCAACACGAACACCCUGAACAAUCGCGACACGACACCGGUACUUAAUCCCCUGUACAAUCACGGCGGUGAUCUGCUGAGCCCUAGUCCGUCCAACGACAACGUCACCUUCCGGGAAAGGAAGGAUUAUUCGCAUCUCGGGUUCACGUAUCUGGGCGAGCAAAGCCCCGUGGAGACCACGACGGAAUUGUAAGUCUCACGGUCCGAGAAACGAUGUGCGAACGUUGGCCAUCUUAAAGACUGUCACCGAAUUACGUACAUACGUAUCCGUGAAAGAGGAAGGUAGGAGUUGUAGUCCUGCGAAUGAUGAUUCGCGAGCAUCCCGUAACUUUUAUUUUGAUAUCGUGUACGCGAAUAGACAAAUAACUGUGAUGGACAUAACAUUUUUUUUCCUCAUCGAAGUUCAACCGAUAAUAAGUUAUUUGAAUGUACAAAAUUUGAAAUUCCAUUCGUAAAAAUCCUGUCAAUCUCAUAUUCACGACGCCCGAACGUAAAAUCAACGUUUAUCAUCCGUCCUUCGUUCGCGACGAGCGAACGUGAAUCCUUUUUGCAUUUAAUUUUGACAAAUGCGCGGAAUAUGGCGAGAGGAGGAUUCGGAAUAUUCGACGCCACAUAACUCGCAUUUUUCUCUGACGCGUUAAGUAACCCUAGAACCGCCAUACGAAGAGCACGUGAAAGCUUAUAAAUAGUUGAGUGACUUGGCACCUAUAUAUGCUCCUCCUUUCAUAUGUCAUCUUCUGAAUGUGUCUACCGAUGUCUGCGUUGCUGAUUCAGCGCGCGCAAUGUGGCCGUGGAAUUCCCGGUGGGACACAUUCUGAACGAGUUGCUCCGUUUGUGAUAUCCAGUAAAAGAGAGCAGUGUUAUAGCGUUCAGAUACCACGUGGCGGAACGAGGCCGUGAAAAUAUCGGGCGUAUAAAAGGCGACUUGAAAGAGAGCGCGGAUAUCCUUUAGAGCUAGCCGAUAUUCCGUGUGAUUUACUCUUAAUCGAGCAUCGCAUUUCUUUGCGUUGGAGUUUCGCCAGCAAAUUGCAAGAUUGCGAAUAACUGCGACGCCUCGAGUUAAUUAUUGUAAGCUAUUAUUGUUACUGCGACUUGCAUGCAAUAAUAAUCGAGUCCCGGCUAAUAAUUUCGGAGAUGCUUUCCGCUACUUCGCGGAAACUUAUGUGAAACUCUCGACCGUUAAUGUACAUUUUAAUUAUAACAAGAGAGAGAAAGAGAGAGAAAUAUCAUUAUGGCUCGACUUGUAGAGAAAAUUAAUAAGUACGAAGCCGUAAUACUUGUUACAUUGUACGAUCGACGUGUGUACUUGUGAAUGCGUGUCUCUUACGCGAGUCAGGUUGGCUCGCGCGACCUUGUGAAAUAAACGUGAUCGAUCCCGAUCAUGCUGUACUAUAAUAUCCGUUUUUAUUUAUACGACCGCAGGUUUGCUCAUGUCAUUCUAUUGUAAUCGCAAUUAACCGAGACGAUGACGGUGGUGCGUACCGUUUGUGUAUCGUGAUCGCAAGGAUACCGUGAGGUUUUAUACGGCAGCUGUUUCUGCCGCGUUUCUUGCUUCUCGCCUCUUGUUCACACGGCCGCAUCGACGGUAAUUAACGACUGCCACGCGGAAAAUGCGUCAUCGACACCCGCAACGACGCGUGACUGGCGGAGUGCGUACUUAAUUAAGCACGUGUAAUUGUCUAUUUCCUCUCUAUGUAAUUUCGACUUUGCGCGUUAUUUGACUCUGUGGAUCGAAAGGUCGAUCGACAUCCGCGUCGGAUGAAAUGGCGUUGAGAGAAAGAUUAAGGUAUGAUACGACUUGAUUGAAUGCAUAUCUCUAGUCGUAUGUAGCGGGCGUUCACUGCCGUGCAAUUUGUAAGCUGCGUUUUAUACUUGAAAGAGAGAAAGAGAGAGAGAGAGAGAGAGAGAGAGAGAGUGUGUGUGUGUGUGUGUGUGUAUGUGUAAAAAAAAUAGCAUGUGUAUGAGUUACACAAAAUGUUCUCCGAUUAUGGCGUUGAUACCUUUUACUUGUAGUUGUAUAAUAUUUAAGCGCGAAUUCUGUAAAAAAUUGUUAAUACCUAAUAAUAAAUUUAUUAUAUUUACAUAA